CCAGCUCAGCAAUGGGCAGUGGUUUUCCAUGCGUGCCAUUUAUUUCUUGAAGCCCAACAUUGGACGAUUAGGAAUUCCCCAUGGGCCUUCUGGAGAGAAGGUGGCCGUGGUGACUGUGGACGACUGUGACACAGCAGUGGCUGUGCGCUUUGGGAGCCUCAUUGGAAACUACACCUGCGCUGCCCAGGGGACUCAGACCGGCUCAAAGAAAUCUUUAGACCUAACUGGCCCUCUCCUCCUUGGUGGUGUCCCAAACUUGCCUGAAGAUUUCCCGGUGCACAACAGACAGUUUAUCGGGUGCAUGAGGAACCUCUCUAUCGACAGCAAGCCGAUCGACAUGGCUAGUUUCAUCGCCAAUAAUGGCACUCUGCCAGGCUGUGCAGCACAGAGGAACUAUUGCGAAACCAACUGGUGCCAGAACGGGGGCACGUGUGUCAACAAGUGGAACACCUACAUCUGCGAGUGCCCGGUACGCUACGGAGGGAAAAACUGUGAGCAAGCAAUGCCUUCUCCUCAGCGUUUCAGUGGUGAAAGCAUUAUCAUUUGGAGUGACCUUGACAUUACCAUCUCUGUGCCAUGGUACAUUGGGCUGAUGUUCAGAACCCGAAAAGUCAAUGGCAUGUUAAUGCAAGCCAAUGCUGGGGCUGCAUCCAAGAUCAACAUCCAGAUACUGAACAACUAUGUGCAGUUUGAAGUGUACAGUGGCCUGAUCCAGGUUGCUAGUUUGAAGAUGAGCCAGUCACGAGUCAGUGAUGGGGAAUGGCAUCAUUUAUUAAUAGAGCUGAAGAGUGCUAAAGAUGGUAAAGACAUCAAGUACCUCGCUGUCAUGUCCUUGGACUAUGGAAUGUACCAGAGUACUGUGCAAAUUGGAAAUCAGCUACCUGGACUGAAAAUGAAAAGCAUCAUUGUGGGAGGUGUCUCUGGAGACCAAAUCUCUGUUCAAAAAAUAAUUGUCUUUUGUCACCAGGGAGUAAGAAUGGGAGAGACAUCUACAAAUAUAGCUACACUCAACAUGAACCAGGCUAUUAAGAUCAACGUGAAGGAGGGUUGUGAAGUGGAUAACCCCUGUGAUUCCAACCCGUGUCCCCAGCAUAGCUACUGCAGUGAUGACUGGGACAGCUACUCCUGCGUCUGUGACCCAGGGUACUUUGGAAGAGACUGUGUUGAUGUAUGUAACUUGAACCCAUGUGAGCAUGUCUCCACGUGUGUGCACAAACCUAGCUCAUCCCAUGGCUACACCUGUGAGUGUGGACAAAGCUACUAUGGACAGUACUGCGAGAGCAAGAUCGACCUGCCUUGUCCCAGAGGCUGGUGGGGAAAUCCCAUCUGUGGCCCAUGUAAUUGUGAGACUAGUAAAGGGUUUGAUUCUGAUUGCAAUAAGACCAAUGGAGAAUGCCGCUGCAAGGCAAAUUACUAUAGGCCCCAGACCAGUGACAGCUGCUACCCCUGCGACUGCUUCCCGUCCGGCUCCCACACGCGCACCUGCGACAUGGAGACGGGACAGUGUCCGUGCAAACCUGGUGUCAUAGGGCGGCAGUGCAACCGCUGCGAUAACCCGUUUGCUGAAGUUACUGUGAAGGGCUGUGAAGUAAUCUAUAAUGGCUGUCCCAAAGCUUUUGAGGCUGGUAUUUGGUGGCCACAGACCAAGUUUGGCCAGCCAGCUGCUGUGCCAUGUCCUAAGGGAUCAGUAGGAAACGCGGUUCGCCAUUGUAACAUUGAAAAGGGCUGGCUACCUCCUGAGCUUUUCAACUGCACCACCAGCACUUUUGUGGAUCUAAAAAUCAUGAAUGAGAAGUUACACCACAAUGAGACCAAGCUGGAUGGAGACAAAACCAUACGGAUCGUAAGAGCGCUGCAGAAUGCCACCAAAUACACACAGAGCUUGUAUGGCAACGAUGUGAGGACAGCUUAUCAGAUGAUGAUCCGAGUCCUCCAAUAUGAGAGCCAACAGCAAGGGUUUGACUUGGCAGCCACGAGGGAUGUGGAAUUCAAUGAAAAUAUUAUCAAAGUGGGCAGUGCUCUACUGGACCCCAGCAAUAAGGAGCACUGGGAGCAAAUUCAGAGAACAGAGGGUGGCACCGCUCACCUGCUCAAGCACUAUGAGGAAUAUUUCAACAACGUGGCCCAGAACAUGAAGAAAACCUACAUGCGACCUUUCGUCAUUGUUGCCACUAACAUGAUUAUUGCUGUUGACAUCUUUGACAAGUCUAAUUUCACGGGAGCUAGAAUACCACGAUUUCAUGAGAUUAAAGAAGAUUAUCCAAAAGAUCUGGAGUCAUCUGUUGUCUUCCCUGAUACUUUGUUCAGACCUUCAGACAGGAAAGCAGUGCCUACAAUGAAGCCUUCAAAUCAAAAAUUAUCCUCUAAAGUGAACAGUGAUGCACUAAGCCCUGAGAGUGCUUUUUCAAAGAGAAGGAAGCGACACCCAGAUGAUUCAACACGUCAUACUGUUGCCAUGGUCAUUAUAUACCGAUCCUUGGGACACCUCCUGCCUGAAAACUAUGAUCCUGACCGAAGGAGCUUGAGAUUGCCAAAUCGCCCUAUUAUUAACACACCUGUAGUGAGCACAGCCAUUCACAGUGACAGGGAGCUUCCUCCCAACCUGGUGGAAAAGCCCAUCAUAGUAGAGUACGCCAUGCUGGAAACGGAGGAGAGGACAAAGCCCGUCUGUGUCUUCUGGAAUCACUCCAUCACGAUUGGCGGGACAGGUGCCUGGUCCUCCCGAGGAUGUGAGCUGUUUUACAGAAACCAGAGCCACAUCGCUUGCCAGUGCAACCAUAUCACCAGCUUUGCUGUUCUGAUGGACAUUUCAAAACGAGAGAAUGGGGAGGUGCUUCCUUUGAAGAUUGUCACUUACACAACGGUGUCCAUCUCGCUGGUGGCUUUGCUGAUCACCUUCAUACUGCUGGUCCUGAUCCGCACGCUACGUUCCAACUUGCACAGUAUCCACAAAAACCUGGUGGCUGCCCUUUUCUUCUCUGAGCUCGUCUUUCUUAUUGGAAUCAAUCAGACUGAAAAUCCGUUUGUGUGCACUGUGAUUGCCAUCCUCCUGCAUUAUUUCUACAUGAGCACCUUUGCGUGGAUGUUCGUGGAGCAGCUCCACAUCUACCGGAUGCUGACUGAAGUGAGGAACAUCAACUUUGGGCACAUGCGGUUCUACUACGUUGUUGGUUACAUCAUAACAGGGCUUGCUGUUGGUCUGGAUCCACAAGGCUAUGGGAACCCUGAUUUCUGCUGGCUGUCUGUUCAUGACACCCUUAUCUGGAGCUUCGCUGGGCCCAUCGUAAUUGUUGUAGUUAUAAACACUGUCAUCUUUAUACUGGCAAUGAAAGCAUCGUGCAGACGAAGGCAACGUUCCUUUGAAAAAACUGGAGUUGUCUCUGUGCUGCGAACGGCGUUCCUGCUCUUGCUCCUCAUCAGUGCCACAUGGCUGCUGGGGCUGAUGGCGGUGAACAGUGAUGUCAUGACGUUUCACUAUCUCUUUGCCAUUUUCAGCUGCCUGCAGGGGCUGUUCAUUUUCUUCUUCCACUGUGUAUUUAACAAAGAAGUCAGGAAGCACUUGAAGAACACUUUAACUGGAAAGAAACCUCUUCCAGAUGAUUCCACUGCAACAAGGGCUACAUUAUUAACGCGAUCUCUGAACUGUAACAACACGUAUAUAGAAGAGCCAAAUAUGUAUCGCACAACUAUUGGGGAAUCUACUGUCUCCUUAGAAAGCACCGUCAGGUCAGCCAAGAGCCACAAUAGCUACCUUGCUUAUAUUCUCAGGGAUGAGGCUGCUCAUAAGCUCAGUGGAUCCUCAAGUCAAGCAAGGGCUGGUCAGACUGAAGCAGAUUCCUCCAUUUUUCAUAGGAAUCCAUCGAAAUCCAAUGAGCACGAUUCAGACUCCGACAGCGAACUGUCCCUCGAUGAACACAGCAGCUCUUACGCUUCCUCCCAUUCAUCAGACAGUGAGGAAGAUGGGCUUGAGCCAGAGAAAAAAUGGAACACAUCCACUUCCAAAAAUAGCGAACGUGGCCCGCUGCACAGCACACCCAAAGUUGAUUCCCUUCCCAAUCAUGUGAAACCCUAUUGGCCCACAGAGUGUGCAACGGCCAGUGACAGCGAGGACCCCAGUGGGAAACAGAAACUCAAAGUCGAGACCAAGGUCAACGUAGAGCUUCACAGGGAAAACCAGGUGAACCACAGCAAUGAAGCGCCCCAGGACAAGGAGAAUGAAGGGCAGCAGAAGGAGAACAGACCUCUGUCCCAUCAGAAUAACCAGCAGCCAGAGCAGAGGAAAGGCAUCUUAAAAAAUAAAGUCACCUACCCUCCCCCACUGGUGGAUAAGAAUAUGAAGAAUCGAUUGCGGGAGAAGCUGUCGGAUUACAAUCAGACCACACUCUCAUCCAGGACUACUUCCCUGGGGACAAAUGAUGGGGUUCGCUCUCCCUCGGACUCAGGGGUGACAGUAAAAAAUACUCGGAGGGAGCAGUCUCGAGACCAGCUCAACGGCAUGGCCAUGAACAUCCAUGUGGGAACAGGACAUGCUGACACCUCAGACUCGGAAGGCAGUAACGAAACUUCAAUUUGA